UGGAAUCAAUUUGAGUUGCUAAAUAAAUUUUCUUGUGUCGAUGGAAAAUUCGAUGGCAAGGGUAUUGGAACAGUUGGCGAACGAACCAAAAGUAAAAGGAUUUCUUGUCGCAGAUUGGGAGGGGUUAUGCAUUGCUUCAAGAGGCGUCGCUCCGUCCCAGUCUUCGGGUUGGAUUACAAGUAUUGCAGAAGCGUCCUUGAUGUUGAGAAAAGAUAUGAAAACAGAGAACAAGGAGCCGCCUUUCAUUCAAGUCGACUUGGGAAAAUAUGUUGUGGCUGUAAGACCUCUGGAAAGUGUAAUAUUGGCAGUUUAUAGGGAGAGUGACGGUAAACAAUAAGACAAGGAAAAGAAACCUAGACAAGGUUACACGAAUGACAACCACUCUGA